GAUUGCAGUUGUCAAGGUAAACAUCAAUUGCCCCUGUUAGGCCUAGUGGGAACGUGUGUGCAACUAGGCUGAUUGGAAGCUAAUCGUAGACCCCAGAAAUGAAUGUCAGGACGUAUAACCCAUCUGUGCGGGUUGGAAAUUGGAAUGAAGAUAUCCAGUUAGAAGAGGAUACUUUGAAAGAUUUCCUAGAGAAAAGGGAAAGGGGAGAGCUGUCUUUCCAGAAGCGUUCCAAACUGUCACAGAUGCUCUUUAAGCCGGUUAACUUGAGUAUCUCCAGAGAUGGCUGUGUCCACUAUGGAGAUGUGGUGGUGUUGCAGUGUCUAGGGGCACAAGAUAGAACCAACUACACAAAUGAUGGACCCCGCAAUACGUGCAAUUUGGCAGUCACUCCUCAGGCCAGUAACCUUUUGCAACUGACCAAGCUUGAGGGUAACUGUGAUGUAUCAGGAAGUACUUCAACAGAGCCCAACCUCCGGAGCUCAUUUGUUAUCAAAGGAUGUGAACCCAACCAUGUGAAGGGUGACAAAUUGUGUUAUGGCCAGGACUUUUUCCUCUGCACCAUGGAUGGUGAGGGUGGUGAUCUGUACCUACAGAGUGACAGGACAACACUAGAAAAGUCUGCUCCUCGUUCUCGUCAUCAGGCAGUGACGUUUGUCAGCCAACCAUCUGCACUCACAAAAUGGAGGAUACUCUACUAUGACCCACGAAUGAGGAUGGAAAAUGAAGAUAUUCCUGUCCCGGCUAACAGUAUAGUGAUCAUCAGUCACAUGAAGACUAACCAGGAUUUAGCAGUGGAAGAAUCUUUUUUAACAAGAACCCCAUUUGGACAUAGAGAAUAUGAAAUAUCUGCCAACACAUAUCUGGAUUCCCAUAAAGCAGAGAAGGACGUGAAUCGAUGGAUGUUGGUGAUGGGAGUGCCAGGUGACGAGAUUUGCCCAAUUGUCCCCGACAGCCAGUGACAGCACUUUCAUAUCUAUAAUUUGAAGAUUAUCAAGACACAAUGACUCAUCAGUGAACACAUUAUAAAAUCCUCUAUGGAAUAGUGUACAACAGAUUAUAAAAGGAUUUAAUCAAAGGAUAUGAGGAUCAACAUUUAAUGAAUCGGGGGAAAAAAGGCCAAUUAAGAGAGCAGAAAUAUAUACAUGGAAUGCACUGAGAGGAGUUAGUUUUUACAGAUUCAGUGAAUAUAUAAACAGUAAAACAAGUUUAUCUCCAAGUCUGAUUUGUCAGGUUCAAACAACCACACAUAUGUGUCUUCAUAAGUGAAAAUGAAAUAUUUGCCAUGUUUAACAAUUCAAGUGUUGGGAUAAAUUGGCAUCUUGAUAAGAUUUGUUGUAAAUACUGACAAGCUAUCACAAAAUUACUAGACCAAGAUUAUUGAUGGAUUUUUUUUGAAAAUGAUGUCAGAAUUGUGACAUAAAUAUUAAAUUGUCAGCAUACCUCUCACUUGAAACACCACAAGUAUGAGUGACAUCACAAAAAACCCAUUAUGAAAUAGUUUCAACAUGUUAAGAGACACUGAGGUUUCAAUAUCAAGCAUUGCAGAGGAACAUAUCAUUCUGUCCAAAUCAACGUUAUCCUUAUUAUAAAAUACCACACAGACAAGUCCUAUUCCUUUGCCAUUAUAAAAUACCACACAGACAUAGAUAUGAAUUUUAACAUCAGUUAAUUGGGCUUAAAUUUACAUAUUGAAAAUAUUCAAUUUGAUAAUCAAAAUAUUGAUUUUGAACUUUUUACAAAAUAAAACCGAAGAAAAUGUGUGUUCUCUUGUCUAGGAUAGAGGUUAAUGUCUUUUCCAAUGAUUUGUAGAGAGUUGGAGAUUUAUAAGGAUGGAUAAUCUCUCAGGAACUAUAAUCAAGAAUUAAAUUUCUUUAAAAAUACAUUUAAGUACUACAAGAGUUUUUACAGUAUUUCAUUAAUAACUACCAAAGAAGUUUGCAUUCCCAUUUCCUGCUUAUAGAUAAUUUAACAUCAAAUGUCAAAUAUAUGAGGUACUACUGUUGAUUGUACAUUGUAGGUCUGUUUUCAUGUCAUACUCAUAUUUACAUGAACAAUACACAAAUAUCUACAAAUAUUGGAGAUGCAUAAAUGUAGGUAUUUGUAAAAAUGUAAAUAAACACGAAGUACCUUAA